AUGGUCACUGAGGGUCUGAGCAAACAACCAUUGGCUACCAUCACUGCCUACAUUGCUGCCUUAGGCUUUAACUGUGUAAGACUCACUUAUGCAACUUACAUGGUUACUAGGGAAGAGUUCUUGCACCUCCCAGUGCGACAGUCACUCCUCAAUCUUGGCCUCAAAAGUGCUGUUGAUGGCAUUCUUGCUCAUAACCCUAAUGUCAUUGAUCUUACACUUGUUGAGUCAUUCAAGACUGUUAUCCAAAGCCUAGAGAAACAAAAUAUCAUGGUGAUAAUUGACAAUCAUGUGAGCAAACCAAUGUGGUGUUGCAGUGGCAACGAUGGCAAUGGUUUCUUUGGAGAUGUAUAUUUCAGCGUUGCCGAAUGGCAGCAAGGGUGGACAAUUAUGGCAACAUUAUUCCAUGACUCUCCUAACGUCAUCGCUAUGAGCUUAAGGAAUGAGCUCAGAGGCUACAAUCAAAAUAGUGCGGACUGGGACACGUACAUGAUAAGUGGUGCUGAGACAAUCCACAAAGUCAAUCCAAAGGUUCUAGUGAUUUUCUCUGGAAUGGACUUUGAUAAGGAUCUAAGCUUCCUCGAUCCUAAUAGAGUGAGAUUGAGUUUUGAAAAAAAGCUUGUUUUUGAGGUACACUGGUAUGGUUUCAACAAUGCAGACCAAUGGAAUAAUGGAAACCUCAAUCAAGUUUGUUCAAAGAUAUCAAAUAAUCUGAUGAAAAAUGCUGGGUUUCUAUUGGACAAUGGAUUCCCUUUGUUCAUGAGUGAGUUUGGGAUUGAUCAGAGGGGAGGCAACACAGCUGACAAUAGAUAUUUGACUUGUUUUCUAGCAUUUGCAAUUGAGUUAGACAUUGAAUGGGCUAUUUGGACAUUACAUGCAAGCUAUUAUAUCAGAGACGGGAUACCUGAUAUGGAGGAGGAUUACUCAGUGUUAUCUUAUGAUUGGGCAUCACCAAGGAAUGUCACAAUUCUAAGAAUCCUUUCAUCUAUACAAGUUCCCUACAUUGGACCUCUACCUGUCCAAGUACCAGAAUUUAAGAUGCUGUACCAUCCAUUAAGUGGAAGGUGUGUUUUGAGGAGCAAUUCUGGAAAGCAAGCUGUGUUGGGAAGGUGCUCCAAAACAGAAGCCUGGGCCAAUGAUAAUGGAGUGUUGAAAAUUCAAGGAACAGAAUUAUGUUUGCAUGCAGAUGGUGCAGAACAACCUGUAACACUUGGAGCUAAUUGUGGUGGGACGGAUUCAAAAUGGGAUGUAAUAUCUGCAACUAACAUGCAGUUUUCAUCUCAGUCUUCAGGGUCUAUAUGCUUGGAUACUGGACCUAAUGCAAGGGAUCUUGUCACCAAUCCAUGCAGGUGCUUACAAGGGAAAGAACAAUGUGACCCUGAGAGUCAAUGGUUUAAGCUUGUCAGGAGCACUAGAAAGCUUACGAGUGAGCAAUCAAAUUUGGAAAAGGCUCUUGCUAAUGAUACAGCGGAGGCUGAUAUUGCUGUGAUUUUCAGCUAUUUCUUCACUGCAAUGCUUGAAGGCUUUGAUCGUUUUGUAUGA